AUGUCGUUCAGCAACACCGACACCGGCAGCAAGCCCGCCGACCCGUACACGCAGAAGAACAUCCAGGACCCGGAUCUUCAUGAGAAGGUGCAGGACUUGAUCGGCUUCGUCGACCGGUGCAAGUUCUGCAUGAUGACUACCAACACCAGCGACGGUCUGUUGGCAAGUCGGUGUAUGGCGUUGGCCGGAAAGGAGGGCAACGGCGUCGACUUCAUCUUCCACGCCAACACCGAAUCCGGCAAGACCAACGACCUCGACGCCCACCCGGAAAUCAACCUCGGCUUCCUCAACAACUCGGGCGAGUGGGCCUCCAUCUCCGGCAAGGCUUCUGUCAUCACCGACCGCGAUAUGGUGCACAAGCACUACUCCCCGGCGCUGAAGGCGUGGAUUGGCGAUCUCGGUGACGGCAAGCAUGAUGGUGGGCCGGAUGAUCCGAGAGUGGCUGUUAUCAAGGUGCAGAGCAAGACGGCGCAAUAUGCCGUCAGCCGCAACACGCAGAUUGGCAGCAUGAUCGAGGUCGCCAAGGGUAUCAUCACGGGCGAGGCACCACAGGUCAACAAGCUCCGCCACCUCAGCGAGCAGGAGCUCCAGCAGGCGAGGAGCUCUUAA